GAAAUUAGGACUUAAAUCUAUUACUUUGGGCACCAUGACGCUGAGGCUCCUAGAAGACUGGUGCAGGGGAAUGGACAUGAACCCUCGGAAAGCACUGUUGAUUGCUGGCAUCCCUCAGACCUGCGGAGUGGUGGAGAUCGAGGAGGCCCUUCGGGCAGGACUAGCGCCAUUGGGGGAGUACAGAGUGCUUGGGAGGAUGUUUAGGAGGGAUGAGAACAAGAAUGUAGCCUUGAUAGGGCUCACAGAAGAGACUGACCAUGCUCUGGUUCCUAAGCAGAUACCUGGAAAAGGAGGUGCCUGGAGAGUGAUCUUUAAGCCACCUAGCCCUGACGAUGAAUUUUUAAACAGAUUAAAUGAGUUUUUAAAGGGAGAGGGUAUGACCUUGGGUGAAUUGACCAGAGCUCUUGGGCAUGAAAAUCAGCCUCUUAGCCUAGUCCAGGGCAUGAUCCCUGGAAGGUGGGCCCCCAUGUUAUCACAGGCAUUAGAUGUGGCUCUUCAGCCUACCCUGCAGUACCUAAGAUAUAAACAGCUAAGCUUAUUCUCUGGCAGGGAUCCUCCAGAACCAGGUGAAGAAGAAUUUGAAUCCUGGAUGUUUCAUACUACUCAGAUGAUGAAGAUGUGGCAGGUGUCAGAUGUAGAGAAAAGAAGACGAUUAAUAGAGAGCCUUCGAGGCCCAGCAUUUGAUAUUAUUCGAGUCCUGAAGAUUAAUAAUCCUUUAAUUACAGUUGCAGAGUGUCUGCAGGCUCUUGAAACAAUAUUUGGGGUUAUUGAUAAUCCUAGGGUGUUGCAGGUCAAAUAUCUGACUACUUAUCAGAAGGAAGAUGAAAAGUUGUCUGCUUAUGUUCUAAGGCUGGAGCCUUUAUUACAGAAGCUGGUACAGAAGGGAGCAAUUGAGAAAGAAGUUGUGAAUCAGGCCCGCCUAGACCAAAUUGUUGCUGGGGCAGUCCAAAGGACAGUUCGCAGACAGCUUGGACUGCCGGAGGGUAGCCCUGCCCCAGGCUUGCUGCAGUUACUGACACUGAUAAAGGAUAAGGAGGCAGAGGAGGAGGAGGAGGCCCUUCUCCAGGCAGGCUUAGAAGGGCAUUUUACCUGACUGGGGAGACCAGAAAGGAUGUCUUCGUGAAUAGAGCAUGAUAGGUUCCAGUGAUCAGCAUCAACCAAUCCCUACUUUGUGCUGACAAAUAACUGUGCAGUUUUCAGGAUAAACCCUUUGUCAUGUUGUGCCUGUUGAAUGUCUCCCAAAUGUGUCACCAGCUCUGAAAGAUGUUUUGUAGUGAUAAAUAUUUAGAUCAAAAAGUGUGUCACUCUACAUGUGCUUUGUUUGGGGUGGACAGGCAAAGUUCAUAUGCUGCUGAGAACUUGCUAACUUGUCAGCUGUUUGGUUCAGGUAUAAAUGGAACCGUCACCUGUGACCAUGUUGUCAUAAUAGUUUUCAGCUAUUGCAGACAUUAAUGAUGGAGAUCCUAAGCUAAGGGUAGCGAAGAUAUUUUUCUGUGUAAAUCAGUUGAUUCUUUGCAAUCAAAAGGCAGAAUUGAAUGCUCAGACUGGUAGGAUGCUCUGUCUUUAGAUUUUUGCUGUGUUACCAAAGUGUCUAGUUCUGAAUAUUUUCAUGGUGUUAAAAAAUUAUGUGAACAUAUAAAAUAAAGGAAUGCUAGUAAA